AUGUCGGUAUUCCAGAAGAUCGCGGAGGUCGAGGCCGAAAUGGCCAGGACCCAGAAGAACAAGGCCACAAACUUCCACCUUGGGCUCUUGAAAGCUAAGCUUUCAAAGCUUCGCGCCCAGCUCAUUGAAGGCAGCGGUAGCAAGGGAGGUGGCGCAGGAGAGGGUUUCGACGUAUCCAAGACAGGUGAUGCCCGCGUUGGUCUCGUGGGAUUCCCGUCUGUGGGCAAAUCUACCCUGCUAAACAAGCUCACAGGCACAUAUUCCGAGGUCGCGGCGUACGAAUUCACAACGUUAACGUGCGUGCCCGGUGUAUUCAAGUACAAGGGGUCCAAAAUACAGUUGCUGGAUCUGCCCGGUAUUAUCGAGGGGGCCAAGGACGGAAAGGGUCGUGGUAAACAGGUUAUCGCCGUCGCGCGCACGUGCGGUCUAAUCCUAGUUGUGCUAGAUGCAGCCAAGUCUAUGAACCACAAGCGGCUGCUAGAAAAGGAGAUGGAGGGGUUCGGCAUCAGGCUGAACAAGACCCCACCGAACAUCACCUUUACGCGCAAGGACAAGGGCGGGAUCACGGUGACGCACACCGUGCCGCUCAACAACGUUGACGAGGAAAUAAUCAAAUCGAUCUGUCACGAAUAUCGCAUUUGCAAUGCGUCGUUCGCCAUCCGCUGCGACGCCACGGUGGACGACAUCAUCGAUGUCAUUGAGGGGAACCGGAUAUACAUUCCGUGCCUGUACGUGCUGAACAAAAUCGACCAGAUCACGAUACCGGAAUUGGAUAUCCUAUCGCAAGUGCCGCACUAUGUGCCAAUAUCGGCACAUCACGAGUGGAACCUCGACCUGCUCUUGGAGAGUAUAUGGAAGUACCUCGACCUCGUGCGGAUAUACACCAAGCCGCGUGGCAAAAUCCCCGAUUACGAGGCGCCAGUCAUCCUCAAACGACACCACAGCAAGGUCGAGGACUUCUGCCUCAAAAUUCACAGAUCGCUGCUCACGCAGUUCAAGUACGCCCUUGUUUGGGGCACUUCGGUCAAGCACAACCCGCAGAAGGUUGGGAAGGAGCACGUGCUGGCCGACCAGGACAUUGUACAGAUUGUGAAGCAGUAG